AUGAAAUCCCUGUAUUUAUUGAUUUUCUUGGCUGUUUUAUGCCAAAAUUCGAUUUCCGUUUCGGAGGCUAUGAAAAUUCAUUCAUGGCAUCGAAUAUUUUUCAAUUAUGUGAGAGGAAAAGCUGAUGAUAUUCUAGAUAAUGCAGGUGGUAAUACGCAGUGUGCCCAAGAUUUGAAAAGUUUGUUCAACGAUUUUAUUUACAUGGAAAAAUGGGCCCUCGAAAUGUUUGAUGCUUGUUCCAAGGGAUCCAGUGGUGUUCUUGCUGGAAAUCUUUAUAUGACUGGAAAUUACGAUCAAUGCUUGAAUAUUGCUGAGAAUAAAAGUGGAACGUUAAUAAAUGGACAAUAUUGCACGGUUGUGCUGAAUCCCAGUAACAAAUAUUCUAGUGAUUUGGACUUUCUAAUGGAUUCGGCAGCUAUAUGUGACUUCUUAGGAAUUAAAUUGAGCAUGCAAUCAACCGAUAUCAUCAAAGUGGUCAAAAUGAGUUAUGGAUUAUGUAUUCCAGACUCCUGUUCGAUAGGCAAUUUGCAGGCAAUUUGGGACUACGUAGAACACACUUUCAGACUUCCUGUUCACGUGCAAUUCAGCGAUCAACUUUGUAGGAGUAAGGAGAAGGCAAUAGAUAAUAUAUUCCCCGUCGACAAAUACAUAAUUGGAUUUUUCUGCAUAUAUGCUUUCGUCCUGCUGAUAAGCACUUGCUAUGAUAUACUGAUACAUCAGCACCUUGAAGGACGUGAAGAUAAUGUACUGAUAACAUUUUCUGUGUAUUCUAAUGGCAAGAAAUUAUUUUCUCCGCCCAAAAAAGGAGCAUCAGAUUAUAUAGAAGCAAUAAGUGGACUCAAAUUCAUAAGUAUGCUAUGGGUGAUUCUUGGACACCGAUAUUUUGUCAAUAUCGUUUCUGGAAUCACGAACGCAUCUUACUUGGAGAAGUGGAAAGGAUACAUCUUCACCUCUUUCGUUCUUAGUGGAUCUUAUGCAGUUGACACAUUCUUAGUAUUGAGUGGUUUACUAUUGUCGUUCGGCGUCCUCAGAUAUCAUAGCACGAGGAAAAAUAGACAGUUUUCCGUUAUCUCAAUUUAUUUCUACAGAUGUCUGAGAAUAACUCCAGCCCUUUUGGCAAUCGUAUUGUUCUACAUAAGUAUCUUCAAAAGACUUGGUGACGGUCCAGCAUGGCCACUGAUUUCAAAGAAGAUCACCGACUGUUGCGUGCAUACAUGGUGGGCUACCUUGCUGUUCAUCAACAAUUUCCUAGACACUAGCCAUACGUGUGUUGAACAUUCUUGGUAUCUGUCAGUGGAUUCUCAAUUAUUUUUCGUAUCACCAAUCAUACUGAUGAAUUUGAUCAAGCGGCCAUGGAAAACUUGUUUGGCUUGUGUGGCUGCUUGCGUUGCAUCUGGACUAUAUACCUUCAUCAUAACGAUGCAAAACAACUAUGGAGCUAUCUAUUUCGAAUUCAAUAAAUCAUACCAGCAAUAUAUUUAUCAACCUACAUUUGUUCGCAUGCCACCAUGGCUUAUUGGAUUUGUUUUUGGUUUCCUCAUCUACAAAUAUCGAGAUAUGAAAAUACCCAAAGUUGCUAAUUUGAUUGCUUGGACGUUUACACUAGGUCUCCUCUUCGCUCUAAUUUUUGUACAUUUAGUGUUUACUAGAACUCAUGAAUACAGUGCAUUGAAAUCUGCAUUAUUCAAUUCUUUGGCUAGACAAGGAUGGGCUAUAGGUGUGGGAACUGUAGUUCUUUUGUGCACAACUGGCAAUGGAGGUAUUAUCAACGAUUUUCUAUCGAUUCCAAUAUUCCAGAUUCUGGUCAGAAUCUCAUACAGCGUUUAUCUCACCCACUUUCCAGUUCUGAUAUAUUUCAUUGGAGAGAAGAAACAUCCGGAUCAUUUCAGCAAUAUUAAAUCGAUUCAUGACUUCACAGGAGAUUUAGCAUUCGUUUUCAUAGUAGCAACUGUCUGGUGUCUAGCAUUCGAAUCGCCGUUCAUAGCCAUUGCGAAGAUUGUCUUCAGAAAAGAUUAUCAGAUCAGCAAAACGAAUGUUCAGAUGAUUGAGAGGCCUAAGAAGAAUAAAAAGAACAAGAAGAAAGGCUAUGUGGUUUGUGUCUAUAAAUACGAAGAUGAGAAUGACACUUUGUUGAAGAAAAAUGAGUAA